AUGGCUCCUAACAACAGCAAAAAAGCCGCCGCCGAGUGCGUAUCAGACGAUGCCCUCAUCCACCUAAAGAGCUACAAGUACUCGGCCGUCGACAAGUCGCCGAUAUCGCACUACAUUCUAAGGCCAUACUGGAAUACCUUCGUCGAGCUAUUACCGCUAUGGCUCGCACCCAAUAUGGUGACCCUACUGGGUUUCAUGUGCAUCUUGUUCAACAUCGGCCUGCUGGUGGUCAUGAUGCCGGAUCUUGAAGGACCAGCACCACCAUGGGUGUACUACAGCUUCGCCUUCGGGCUCUUCAUGUACCAGACCUUUGACAAUGUCGACGGCAAGCAAGCUCGCCGCACCGGCACCUCGAGCGGCCUCGGAGAACUCUUCGACCACGGUAUCGAUAGCCUCAACUGCACGCUCGCCAGCCUGCUCGAGACGGCGGCCAUGGGUCUGGGGACCUCAAAGGCGGGCGUAUUUACCGCACUUUGCCCGUGUCUACCCAUGUUCUUCUCUACAUGGGAGACCUACCACACCCACACGCUCUACCUCGGCGUCAUCAACGGUCCAACCGAAGGGCUGCUGCUUGCAUGCACCUUCAUGAUUCUCUCCGGAUAUUAUGGCCCGGGCAUCUGGACGGAACCCCUCGCCGACCUCCUGGGCUCACGUGCCUCAAUACUCAGUGCCUUUGGCCUGUCCGACGAGCUGCUCGAGAGCCUCACAAUCCGGGAUCUCUGGGUGACUGUCAUCGUCUUGUCGCUUCUCUUCACUCACAUCCCGUUCUGUAUUUAUCACGUGGUCAAGGCGCGCCGCGCCAAAGGUCUGCCCGUGGCCCCCGUGUUUCUCGAGUGGACGCCCAUGGCCGUCUUCACCCUCUCCACGGGCGCCUGGCUCUACUCGCCCUACUCAACUCUCUGCUCCGAGAACCACCUAGUGCUGUUCUGCAUCAUCAUGAGCUUCGUCUUUGGCCGCAUGACCACCAAGAUGAUCCUCGCCCACCUGACGCGCCAACCCUUCCCGUACUGGACCGUCAUGCUCUGGCCCCUUGUCGGCGGCGCCGUGCUCGCCAACCUACCGCUCAUCGGCCUACCCGCCGUCUCUGCCGAGUUUGAGUACCUGUACCUACUCGGCUACCUCAUCUUUUCCGCCGUCGUUUACUUCCGCUGGGCUUGGCUUGUCACGACGAGCAUCUGCCGUUUCCUGGGCAUCAACUGUCUCACAAUCCCGCACGAGAAGCAGAAGCAGAACAAAGCGGCUUUGAACGGACGCAAGGUGGAUUGA